CUCUCCAGUGUCCUCCUGGUAGACCAUACUGACAAAAGCUCUGUUGGCAGCUGGCUUCCCAACAGGUGCCCCAUGAAUCAGAUCUUUCAGGGUCUUCACACGUAAGUUACUAGUCUUCUCUGCCAGCACAAAGCUGAUGGCAUCCAUAAGGUUGGAUUUUCCUGCAGUGACAUUGAGAUUGACUGAUCAGCAAAAAGAGAAAAUGUACAAAGUUAAUUUCCCAGGUGAGCAAUUGAUUGAGACCGAUGUGGAAAGAAGACAGGCUGCAGAGGCAGCACGCAAAGCUCGCAUCUUCAAUACAAGGUCGCGUGUGAUGGGCCUUGACCUGCAUGCACUCAACAAACAGACCCAGGAUAAAAAGCGGCGGGAAGAAAUGGAGAGAGAAAGAGACAAAGCUUUUGAUAAGCUGAGACUGGAGCAUGAUGAAGCACUGUUGCAGAGAGACUUGGAGGAAAGGGAAGUGCGAGCAGCAUUGCAUGCUGACUUGACUCAGUAUUGGAGCAUCCAUCAGCGUGUGGAGGACUCACGCGACGCUGAUCUCAAGUGUGGCCUGAGGGGGGCUUUCAGGAUUGACGUUCCAGAGGCUGAGCUUGGGCCUUCCAGCAUGCGUGUCUUUGAAGGUGAAGAUAUUGGAGAGGGACAGCGCAAGAGAGAACAAUUGAAAAAAACAGAACAAGAUCUGCUGGAACAAAAGGUGGACCGUGAGAGAAGGUGCAUGGAGGAUAAGCACAGAGAGGCACUGGCAGCGAAAGAACUGUUGCAUCAGGACCACAGCUGGAGACAACAACACGCUGCUGAGGAGGAGGGCAAAAAAGCUGCCCGGGUCGCUCUUGACCUCUACAACCAGGCUCUGGCUACAGAGCGGAAUGAAAGACUGAAAGAGCAGCGUCGGAGAGACGAGAGCGAGAAUCUCGCUGAGAUGACAUCCAACAUGAUGACUGAGCGCUGGGAUGCAGCAGUGAAACAGCUGGAAGAAGGACGGAGGCCUGUUGUGACUGACGGGUGGAAGGGGAUGAGUCCUGAGCAGCUGAGGGACAUUCACAGGGAGAGACAAGUGCAAUGCAUUGACAGACAGAGACGGCGAGUUUUUGAGAAAAAUCGGGACGCAGCUUGGAACUCCCACAUCCUAAAGGACUCCAGAGAAGCUCAGGAAGAGGAACAGAGAAUGGCUGAGCUCAGGAGAGCAAAGCGACUGCAGUCAGACCAGUUCAACAUGCAGCUGGCCCAAGAACAGCAAGCACAUCAGCAGUACCUGAACAAUCAGCUGUACACCAACAAACCCAGUCGGGCCUACUUCAGUCAAUUCAACACCACUUCUCGCUGAUUGCAUCCUAAUACAAUCAUCAUUCCUCUCACAUUCGAUGCGACAGAUCAAUGCUAUGUGGGGACAAAAAAAAGCAACCUAUCCUCAGGGUAGAUUUUUCCACAUAUUUUAUUAUUGUUCAGUCAUAUCCAGUUACAUUAGUUGAUUGAUGGUGCAGUUACAGUUGCAUUGGCCCCAUGGAGAUUUGUAUGUGGCGUAUCCACUUACAGCUUGCACCAAGGUGUGUUCACCACUAAAAAGAGACACGUUUCCAAAGCAGCAGUGACAUACACCCCCUUAUGGCUCCUCAGGUUGUGACCUCAUCUCACCUCUACACGGAUUUACUGAUUUUAGUCAUUUUUUUGUUUAAAAAGGAUAUGGGAACGAUGAGGUGUCAACCAAAAAACAUCUUUGACAUGUAAAAGCAGACAGUCCAGUGAGUAUCUGUGUGUCAUUCAAGUCUAUGACUACUUUUGCAAGAAGAGCAACAUCCCUGUUAAAAUAUAAGAUCCUUCUUAUCCUGAGUGUGUGCAUGUAUGAGUGUGUCUGUAAACUAACCGGCAACCAGGAGUUGCUUUAUCGCAGCCUUUAGUAGUGCUGGGAUGGUCAGGUGAUCCCUGGUUUGUUUCUUUUAUAAAUCGAGAGAAGUGAGAUAGCCACGUUGCUUCUAGUUGCUCCCUGUGGUGACCGCAUCAGACAAAAGAAACACAGAUAUUCACUUCACUGCAGUGCAUUCACUGAAGUGACAACAAUGUACAAUUAGCCAUAAAUAUUGCAAACAUCUACCAAAAAUGCAGAUUUUUAAUAAUUUUAUUUUUUUUCAUCCUCAUUUUUUUCUCUAAACAGCCAUAUUUUACUGCUUGCCCAUAACAAAAGAAAUAGUACAAAAAAGAAACAAAAUAAGACAAUUUGCUUUGAAGUGAUGCUCAAACAUUUUAUACCUGCACAUUUUUUUCAUAGCGGCCACAGUUGGGUUCUGCAUCGCAGUCUUCUAGGUGAUGUAUUUAAAUUGUUUAGGGGAAGAAAAGGUCCUGCUCUAUGCAUCAACAUAAUAACAUCUCGUUGUAGUACAAUUAAGCCAGAAAAUGAUUCAUAGCAUGGCCAAAUCAUGGGUUGAAGGUCAUUUUUGGGUCUUGUUAAAGGGUCAUUUUAUAGCUAAGACAAAUAUAUUGCAGGUUGUGUUGAAUAUAUUUAAUCUUAUGUUUAAAAAAAAAAUUGGAUUUAAAAAAAUAGGAAAAACAUCUAACUUCCUUUUUUCCUAAUUUGGGAAAAUAUUCUGUUGAAGAUUAUGUUGAAUAAAUUGUAAUUAAUAAUCUUGGGUUGAAGGUAAGUUUACUGUCUUGUGGAAAAGUAUUAUAGAGGUUGUGUUAAAAAAAUGUUUUCUUUAAAAUGAAGAAAAAUAUAUAUAUUUUUUAACUUUGGGAAAUUACUUUUGGGAAAAGACUGUUGGAGGUUGUGUUGUAUACAUUGUAUUUAAUAAAAUGUAUCACAAAUAUGAAAAAUAUGUAUUUUUACCGUUGGAAAUUGUAAAAAUAUUCCAAUUCAUUAUCCAAAAAUGUUUAACAUUGCAACCCCCUAACUACAA